AUGUCAGACAAGGGGUAUGAAAGCUACAAUGACUACUUGUACAUCACUGAUUUGGAGAAUUUCUCUUUCGUUGACGAAGCCGGAAUUGAGAUCGACAUCGGUAACGCUACCAUUGAAGAACUUUUCACUUAUGACUACACAUUCAACAACACGUUUGUUCCUGAACAUGAGCUCAUUUCUUGUGGCAGAAAGAUUGCCUUGAUCUUUUUUGGACUUUUCUUCCUCAUUGGAAUCGCGGGUAACAUGUCGGUGGUGUACAUCGUGGUCCGGCACGUCCAGAUGCGUGGCGUCACUUAUCUGUACCUGGUGAACCUGUCCGUGGCCGACCUGCUCUUCCUGCUGGUGUGUUUGCCUCCCCUGAGCACCAGCUACGCCACGAUGGGCUGGCCCUUCGGAGGGGUCUUCUGUAAAGUGGAGAAUUAUGUAAUGGGAGUCAGCAAGUCGGUCAGUGUUUUGACGCUGGUUGCAGCCAGUCUCCUUGACCGCUACAUUGCCGUCAUUUACCCCGUGAGGUCGCGUUCUCUCAGGACGCCCAAGGUGGCAUGCAUUGUCAUUCUCAUUGUCUGGCUUGUCUCCCUGGCCAUCAUGGUGCCCAGGAGCCUGCUCUUCCAGGAGGUGACCGCCUUCGACACCAGUGGCGUCAUAACUCUCUGUGGACGGAACAACGAUCUACGGCUCAAGCAAAUUGACACAGCCUCCAACUUUGUCAUUCUGUACCUCAUCCCACAGCUGAUCCUGGCUUUUUGUCACUUCCGCAUUGGCCUCAAAUUGUGGACCAGCAGGCGUCCUGGACACCAGGCUGGAUCCACUUCCGGAAGACCUCACGUCGGCGUUCUGGGUAUGCGUGAAAGGAAGCGUGUUACAAUCAUUGUGUUUGCUAUCACAGUCGUCUUUGCUAUCGGAUGGCUCCCAAUGCAUCUGUAUCAUCUGGCGGAAGACUUUAACGACGGGCAAGUUCCUUUGGGAGACGUCAUAGACCGCGGGACAAUUGCAUUGCUUUUCUCUUUUGGAGCCAAUGCUCUCAAUCCUAUCGUCUACUGCUUGUUCAGCAGACCGUUCAGGAAGCAUUUCCGACAGAUGUUCCGCAUGAAGCGUACCUCAGGCGUGGUGACUAGUCUAGAUGCUGACGUCACUGGUGUGACCAAGCGGUCAGACGACCUGACAAUCGUUCGAGCCAGACCCCCAGUCGUGUUGCUGCCUCGGCCAGCUUCCAUCAUUCCUUCCCCGCCUUCCUCCCCGGUCUACAAACGUUUGGAGAACGGCAUCCACUCACUCCAGCGGGCGUCUGCAGUCUUCGAGAACAGAGGUGGAAGUUUGCAGCCGCUUUUGGACGCCAUAGAACCUUCUCUGACGACAACGACGACAUUGGGGAGUUGUGCAGAUCUUGUAUCUCAAAAACAACAUCCCGUCUCCACGGAAACGAUUUCUACCCUUGCGCUGUCCUCAUGUGAGAACGUGACAUCGUACAAAUGUUCACACGCUCAAGCUGGUCCGUCUACCCCUGGUAUCUCGAGUAAUGUAAACAUUUCCAAAGUUCUUACGGACACAAACAGAUCCCCGGCGAUUCAGAGGCCAGGAGUGGCGCGGCACGUGUUGGUGAACGAGGCCAAGCCUGGAGGGAUGAACUGUGAUGGCAAAGAGAACAGAAUCGAUAAUAAUGUCGUUUGUACUCCGGGAGAAGCAGACAGUGUCUCACCCAGCUCGGAAGACGAGGAUGAGCAGCCAGCCAGAAGGAGUCUCUACUCCCUCAUGUAUCAUUGUUCACCCCACACUGCAUCGGAAUCCCUCCUUGGAGUGGAGCAGACCAUUCCCCCUUUGACGUCACCCCUGGGGACAAAGAUAUUGCCUCGGAAUUUGAAAAUAAAAAAUCAAGUCAAGAAAGAACUGCGAAACAGAAAUUCGUGGUCUCACAACGGAGACUUGAAGUUGGUGGAUUUAGAAGAAACGAGCAGUGGGGGAGACUCUGGCUUCGACACUACACAAACUCACAAAACACCCGCGGUUCCUCAUACGGACAGUCGUGUAGAUAGCACGAAAAAGACAAGUCAAACUGGAAGAUAAGAUCUUUAGUCCAAAAGAGACAUCUGUACAUUGUUAAAGAAAGUCUCUUUUGAAAGAAAUCCUGUCUGUGCUGGUAUUACUGGUCACAACCCCCUCUCCCCACACUCACCCUACGAAGAAACCCAGCGCAGCGACAAAUAAACAAAAAACAUCUCCCCCCCUUCCACCCCUCCAAAAAAAGAAA